AGUGAUAGGGUACAUUUUGGGCUGGUCGAGAGUCAAGGAGGAGGGAAGUUUAUUUGUCACGUAUUUGCUGAAUAUAAAGUGAGUAAAUUUACGUUAAAAUGUUCAACUCUCGUAAAUUACAAAGCAUUCUUCUUGUCAUAGCAGCAGCUUUUCUUCAUGUACAAACAAUUCUUUUUUCAGCGAAGCUAAGCGUAACUGGGGAAACGCCGAUUUUUUUACUGUGGCUAUAACACCCUUAGUGACUUACAAUUGCUCAUGAAAUCUAAUCUAUAAUGGUCAUUAUCGAAUACAACAAACGCUUCGUAGAACAGAUUGUGUUUCGACUUUAUAUUUGCACCAAAGUAGAUAAUUUUUAGUGUUUUCAGUUGAUAACACUAAAAAUACUGUAUAUUUCUUGUACAAAGGCUAGAAAGUCAUGCAUAUGUGAUGCAAAGUAAGAUACUUUACAUAUCAGACAUAUUGAAAUUUUUGCGUUUCACAUGACAUCACGUGGGGUUCAAUUGCCUGUGUCAAGGGCAAAGGACGGUUUUCAUAUAUUUUAUAUUGUUUCAAUGUCGGCUUUUAUAAUAGUUGGAGAACUCAUUUACAUAAGAUGCAUUGACAUGCAUUUUCAUAAGAUGCAUUGACGUUUCUUUGUUGUUUCAGUUGACCUAAAUCUCGUUCCCCGAGCAUGCCGGUUCGCAGGUUAAGAGUAUGCCCACCCUUAACCUGCGAACGGGCAUGCUCGGAGAACGAGAUUGAGUUGACCUCAGUUCAAUGAUUGUCCCCCACCUGAGUCAAAUUAUGCUAAACUAUCACCUGAUUGAAACCCAAGAAUAAGUUAAAAUCGAAUCAAAGGAACAUAGGCUAAAUCUGGAAAACGGUUACUCUUUUUAAAUGUUUCUCCAAUGAGACAAUAAAACGUUUUGCGUCACGGGCCCUUUAAAAGCCCGUUUUGUGACUAGGAUGCACAAUCACAUGAGAUUGACUGACAAACUUCUCUGGCCUGACUUACGAUAUCUUGUAAUCAGAAUCGAUAGUUUCUUUCCAUGUGUAUUUACAGAUACCAGUGAACAAAGUUGUGGACACGAUCAACAAGGUUUUAUAAAUGAUUGCCUCAUCUUUGGCCGUAUCCUCUGCAUAAACUUCAAAAGCGUGUAGAAAGAACUUGUUCGUCGUGAACGUUCUUCCAAAAAUACGAAAUAGGUUGUUGAACAGCAUGUUCCUUACUGUCAGGGCCGCCGAGAGGUGGGGCAGGGGGGGAGGGUGCAAAUUGCCCCGGGCCCCCACCUUAAUAGGGCCCCAACUUGAGUUCGAGAGCCUAAAAUUGAGAAGGUCCUUUAAAUUGAUCAGAGCAUUCAUGGAAUUGAGGGACUCUUACAGUAACUUCACAUGCAGUCUAGCUAAGGUCUAGUUGGGUGACUGACUUGGGCUAAUAAUUGGCUUAAAAAUAAUGAUGUCAUGGAGCCCCCAGAGAAGAUUUGCCCCGGACCCCGCGAAUUCUCUCGGCGGCCCUGCGUUCUGUACAAAACAAUGAACGUGUUGAGACAUUAUCACCAUCAGCUACCCUGUGAAGCUUAGUAGAUGGUGCAUGGCAACGUGAGAAAUGUUGACACUGCCAAGAGCAACGAAAGUAAACUAAACAUGUCAAACAGUCACCAAAGGAAGGACUAUUAUAGAUAUUAUAUGUAGCCAGUGAGCUCUCUCUCUCUAUAUAUAUCUGGACCAAGAACUUCAGUCAUUCGGCCAAUGAGAAAAGUGAAGCGAAGAUGGCCGCCAUUGACGUCCAAUAGCUCUGAAGGUCGUAAACAGUUUUUACUGUUUUUAUACCAUUUUUCCCAGCUAAAUCCGUUUUUUCUAACGGACCGUAUCGCUAAUCAAGUUAUCAGUUCAUAAAACCAUGUUAUUCUUUAAGCAGCCGCUAUUAGUCCAUACCUCAUUAUGAUUUGCCUUCAGACCUAUGUGCCUAACCCACCCUGUAAACUUUCCCUGACGACUUUCGGCAGAGCGUUGAUAUUAGGACUGGGUUCAAGUCACAUUGAGAAACUCUCAUUGGGAUUUGAACCUGCGACCUUAGAGGUGAAAGGAAAGUGCGCUAACCACUUCGCCACCGAAGCGUAGUGUUGUUAGAUUAGGGCAUUCCAGAAAACAUCCAUUCCCUCCCCCAAGGAAGUUAACCCCCCUACCUCCAUUUGUACGCCCUAAUACACCCACUAUUAUCAGAAACAAAUUUAUUUCUCUUCCCAAUUUCCUUCUUGAGGGCAGGGUGGAUCUUUUCUGGAAUGACCAGUAUGGACAGUGUUAAGACUGAUUUGGAGUGCAAGGACUAGGGUUCGUUUACAUCGAGAAACGUUAUGUUUUGGUUGUUAACAAAAUUAAAUCUUCAUGAAAUUUAUGCUGGAAAUGAUGAUAUGCGAAGAUUAUAAUGUGGAGGACGCUGAUGGAUCACCAGGAGCAUUCAGGUGUUUCUUAGACGUUGGUUUGGCCAGAACGAGUACUGGUGCUCGAUUGUUUGGUGCGUUGAAAGGGGCUUUAGAUGGUGGGUUGGAUAUCUCACAUAGGUAAGUGCCGUCACUUGCAUCUAAGAAAAGGUUGUUUGCAGAGUAUGCAGUCAAAAUCCAGCGAUCUGAAAUUCUGAGUGUUUCAUUGUUUGGAAAUCUCGCUGUUCUCCAUGCCAUCCUAUCACUCAUUUGUGAUUUGAUAGACUUGAUAGAUUUGUGAGAUUCAAACUAAUGUAUUUCAAUGUGUGAAAUGUGUGACAUAUUUGAAUUUCCUAGUGUGAAGCGUUUCCCAGGCUAUGAUGGCGACUGGCGAGACACAGGAUAA